CAGAGGCUUCUUAGAUGAUGUGGGGACAUACACGCUGUCUCAUCGACCACCUGAGUACGGAACUCUUGUAGUUACACUUCUGGAUUAAUACACAAGUAAUCAUGGUGAACCAGCGCGCGGACCCCAGCUGGAACAUGAGCAGCAGGAGUGACUCGAGUGGAGCGAGCAACAGCGGGGAGAGCUCGAGGGAGAGCUCCCGGUCUUCCACGCCGGUGCUGGAUGCCGACCGAACCGACAGGCUCAGGGACAAGAUGAGGCGGAGGAUAGAGUCGGGGGACCGCUGGUUCUCCCUCGAGUUCUUCCCUCCCCGCACCGCCAGCGGAGCUGUCAACCUGAUCUCGAGGUUUGACCGCAUGGGCUCCGGAGGGCCGCUGUUCAUCGACAUCACGUGGCACCCGUCGGGCGACCCCGGCUCCGACAAGGAGACCUCGUCCAUGAUGAUCGCCAGCACGGCGCUCAACUACUGUGGCCUGGAGUCCGUGCUGCACCUGACCUGCUGCAACCAGAGCAGGGACACCAUCAGCAGGCACCUGGGCAAGGCCAAGCGGCUGGGCCUCAAGAACAUCAUGGCCCUCAGGGGAGACCCUAUUGGCAGUGACUGGGAGGAGGAGGAGGGAGGCUUCAGCUACGCCACUGACCUGGUCAAACACAUCCGCUGCGAGUUUGACGACUACUUUGACAUCUGCGUAGCUGGCUACCCUACGGGUCACCCCGAGGCGGAGAGCUAUGCUGAGGACCUGCGUCACCUGAAGGAGAAGGUGGAUGCCGGGGCGGACUUCAUCAUCACGCAGCUCUUCUUCAGGGCAGAGACCUUCCUCACCUUCCUCCGCGACUGCAGAGCCAUCGGCAUCACCUGCCCCAUACUUCCCGGCAUCUUCCCCAUACAGGGUUACCAGUCGCUACGGCAGCUGGUGAAGCUCUCCAAGCUGGAGGUGCCUGAGGAGAUCAAGGAGGUGAUCGAGCCCAUCAAGGAGAACGACGCGGCCAUCCGCAACUUCGGCAUCCAGCAGGCCGUGGAGAUGUGCCGCGUGCUACUGGAGAGCGGCGAGGUGCCGGGACUCCACUUCUACACCCUCAACCGCGAGGUCGCCACCAUGGAGGUGCUGCGGCAGCUGGGACUCUGGGUGGAGGACCCCAGGCGGCCGCUGCCGUGGGCCCUGAGUGCUAACCCCAAGCGUAAGGUGGAGGACGUGCGUCCCAUCUUCUGGGCCUCCAGACCCAAGAGCUACAUCUACAGGACACAGGACUGGGACGACUUCCCCAACGGACGAUGGGGUAACUCGUCGUCUCCUGCGUUCGGCGAGCUAAAUGACUACUACCUGUUCUACCUGAAGAGCAAGUCUCCUAAGGACGCGCUGCUGCAGAUGUGGGGCGAGGAGCUGACCAGUGAGGACAGCGUCUAUCAGGUCUUCACCAACUACAUCACCGCAACGCCUAACAGCAACGGACACAAGGUGAUGUGUCUGCCCUGGAACGACGACCCCCUGGCUCCAGAGACCAACCUGCUGAAGGACGAGCUGGAGAAGGUGAACCGGCGCGGCGUGCUCACCAUCAACUCCCAGCCCAGCAUCAACGGCAAGUCCUCCACCGACCCCAUCGUGGGCUGGGGGCCGCCCGGCGGAUACGUCUUCCAGAAGGCAUAUCUUGAGUUCUUCACGUCAAGUGAAAAUGUAACGGCUCUGCUGAAGGUGCUGAAGAAAUAUGAGCCCCGCGUCAACUACCACAUCGUUAAUGUCCAUGGCAAGAACAUCACCAAUGCCCAUGACAUGCAGCCCAACGCUGUGACGUGGGGCAUCUUCCCUGGCAGGGAGAUCGUGCAGCCCACCGUGGUCGACCCCGUCAGCUUCAUGUUCUGGAAGGACGAGGCGUUUGCGCUGUGGAUCGAGCAGUGGGCCAAGCUGUACGAGGACGAGUCGCCGUCCCGCAUGAUCAUCCAGUACAUCCACGACAACUACUUCCUGGUCAACCUGGUGGACAACGACUUCCCAUUGGACAACUGCCUGUGGCAGGUCAUCGACGACAUGUUUGAGAUCCUGGACAUGCCCCCUGUCGCGCUGCAGAGUGACUGAGGCGGCGAGGGAGGGAUUGGACGGGGGGGCACUACAGUUGCCAUGGAAACCCCUACGAUUCCCUCGUAUACUGCCACGGCACAGAUUGGUGAAUGGACGGAGGAUUCCGAUUGGCUGGCAGGGUGGCCAUGGUGAUUCCAGAUUUUCUCAGACUGUGAUUGGGCCACCUGAGUGCCUAAAGAAUGGAGUUGUGGCUCCGUGUUGAACCUGUAUGCUGCCUACUUUAUGGGCUACCAUGCCACACUAAAGCGAAACGCCCAGCAUUUAAGCUCUACGACCAUCAC